AUGCUUCUUUGUGAUGAAGAGAAAAACUGAGGCAUUUUACAUGUGGGAAUCUUGCAAUUUUUUUGCAGAAGCUGAAUUUGAGGUUCUUAUUGAUAAGUCAUUGAUCAAGAUUGUUGACCACGAUAGAAUAUGGAUGCAUGUUCAAUUAAGAGAUCUCGGAAGAGAAAUUGUUCGUCAGGAGAAUAUUAGGAAUCCUGAAGGUCGGAGCAGAUUGUGGUUACAUGAAAUGGCCUUAGACAUAGUACGGGCAAGAAAGGGAACAGAUAAUGUAGUAGCGCUCGCACUAAUGAGAUCUAGACACAAUUUUACCCGUGAAGACUUUGCAGAUCUUUCAAAAACAAGGUUCCUUGAAUUGGACGGCGGAAACUUCACUGGAGAUUUUGAGAAUUUAUUUCCAGAGUUAAGAUGGCUUUGUUGGCACCACUGUCCUUCAAAACUUCAGGUAACCAAUUUUGUUCUAAAGAGCCUGGUUAUUCUCAAGCUUUCGGGCAAUAUUAUCAUAGAUGAAUGGAGCGGAUGGGUCCAAAUCAUGGUGGGAAGUAAACUAAAGGUAUUAAAUCUCAAAGGUAGUAAAUUUCUAACUAGAACACCAGACUUCGUUGGAUGCUUGAAUUUAGAGAGAUUUAUCAUCAGAGAUUGUGAGAACUUGGAUGAAAUUAAUGGCUCAAUUGAAAAACUGGAGCAACUGAAGUGCUUGAAGAUCAAAUGGUGUCCUCGUCUGAGAGAUUUGCCCGAGGAAAUUGGUUGUCUAUCUUCCCUGAGAGAGCUUAUCUUAAUUCAGUGCCAAUAUGUUCGUAAUUUGCCACCUUGGAUUGGUAAUCUUAAAGGUCUGUCAAGGCUAGUGAUGGAAGAUCUAGGACUUGAUAGACUUCCUCAGGAAAUCUCAGAGCUAGUGGAUCUCAAGUACUUGUCUUUAAUGAACUGUACAGGGCUGCAGACACUUCCAUACACGAUAGGGCAGUUGAAAUCAUUGGUAGAGUUGGAUUUGUCCGGCACAUUGAUUAGAGCUCUACCUCUAUCGAUCGAAAACCUGGCGAAUGUAGUGGUAAAACUUAACAGUAGCGCCAUUAGAUUCCAACUGGAAAACUGCAGAGAAAGAUUCACCAGCUAUUGGAGUGCUCAAAGACCUAAAUCGUAUGCCAAAAUUAUGAGCAGAGGGGAGCUGGGAUCCUCUUUGAGACUCUCCGAAUAUCCUAUUGACUUGCUUAUAGAGUGCGGGAUGAUUGAAACAGUAUAUGAUGUCGAUCUCCAAUGUAUGCCUAGUUACAUCAAACAGAUUUCUGUCUCGACAAUAUUUAACGCUCCAAAGACAAGACGUCCUGCGUCAAAGAUUCUGGCCAUCCUGUAUGGCCGGGGGAUCAUACAAAUACCCAGCUCAAUCGGAGAAGUUCUAAAUCAGAUUUACAGCCUUGUUUCCCUGUUGAACAGAAUGAGGGCAAUGAAUUUAUGUUUCGUAAGCCGCUUACUAGUUUAUUGCAUGCCCCCAACAAAUCCGGGGUUGAGGGUCAAAAUUGCCAGUAUUGCAAACAAGCGAUUCUGUUCAAGAUCAUGUGACCAUUGUCUGCAGAUGUUGAAAAACUUGUUGUCAUCGAGUCCACAGGAUUUGCAAAUUCGCAAGGAGCUUGAACAGCUGCCGGAGCUUUCUUUUGAGCUUUCAAUGACUUUGUGUGGUUCGGAGGUUCUAGCUUGUGAACUAGAGAUAGUAGCAGGGAGCUUCAAAUGUCCUUUCUCGGUGGAAGAACUCGAAACGUUGGUUACGACGUCGUAUAUCUCUAACGAUCUGGGGGCAAUACUGGGAGAGAAUUCCACAUCUGAACUAGAAAUCCAUGGCUGCUUGGGAAUAAUAUUCACGAGGAUGUUCAAAAGGACACAAGCAAGGAUACAGCAAUCUCUGUUGUUGGAGAUUCUACUAUACAUCGACAGCAAACCUUUCCGGAGUGAUCGCAUUGACAAUUACUCUGUUACAUCGUACGAACUAUAAGAAAUAUAGGUACAAUAGUUGCUGCGGAUUCUGUAUUUCGUGUUGUAUCGAGCAAGAUUCCAUCAUGCUUGUGGAGCUUGCUUCACGUCGUUUCAAGGAAAAUUUCACGCAAAUAAUGAUUUUUUUUUACUCAUGUAUACUCAUUUACAUGUUAUUUUUAAGGAUUUCUUUUCCCUUCUCAUGGGUCAUGGAGCCUCUAUCAUUUGUUACUUUUGUUGCCAGAUUAGAAGUCCCAAAG